CUUUUCUCUCUUUUUUUAGCUGUUGGCUGGGACCUUUAUUCAAGCUAUCCCUAAACACCUUGUAAAGCUAUUAAAUUUUCCAUACCAGAAGAAAGCAAUUUUUCUUGAUAGAAUGGAGCUGCAUCCAUUUUUAGAUGCACUUCCUUAUUAUGAAAAAUGGUACCAAGAGCAAGAUCGUGGAGAAGCAAUGCAGCUUGUAGAAGCCGAGGUAGUAAAGUCUGGUGGGAUAAGACUUCCAAAACCCUCUCCUGAUGAUUUUACUACGCCAUUCAAAAUUUCUGAGCGAAUGCAAAAUGCUGUUCAAGCAGCCGGCCGCGGAGAGAAAUUACAGUCUAUUGAUAUAAACCGUUACAUCAAUUUACAAGCUCCAGGGAAUCCUGGAAGCCUAAUUCAGUCAGCAGUAGCUUUGGAAUACCUAAGAUCACGGGAAGAUAAUCUGGAGUUGCUGAGAAAGCAUGGUGAAAGUGCUUGGAUGAAUCAUAUUGGGUCACUGGAAGAGACUUUGCAAAACAUAGAACGUGAGAUCCAAACUACUCGAAGGGAGACUCAAGCAUGCAAUCGAAAGCGAAAGCAUUAUCAAAUGGAAAUUGGAGAAAGACUUGCGGAUCAUGAAACCCAGUUUAGCAACUUGUUACUAAACUCGAUCCAAUGCCGCGUCGCUAUUGCUUUGGCAAAUCAUUAGUAUUUUAUUUUCCUUUAAAAAGAAACGACUUUUUAAUUCUAACUUUACAAACCUAAAGGCAUGAUACGCUGACACUACGUAAAGAACCAUUUAUAUGAUAUCGGAUUUUUGGUUUCCUUCCCUUACUUUACUUUACUUUACCCUACCAUAAACACAGGCAUUAAUAAGUUUUAAGAAUAAUAAAUCUCGGUUUCGUCUGGAAACCGUUAGGAGUUUACUGUACAAUUUAUCAAGGUUCUCUAUAAGACUACGAAUGCCUAUAUGUACAACGAAUUUUUAGCGACUGUUCAGCAAAAUCAUAUAUUAUUCACUUUUCGUUCAUAAUCAUCAUACAAACAGAAAGAAAAUUAGACAGUACCGCACUUGUCGAUGGCAAUACGAGCACGAGUAGCACCAGAGUUGGAACCUAAGCUUUCAACCUUCUUAAUGACAUCCAUGCCACUGGUAACUUCACCGAAAACGACGUGUCUACCGUCCAACCAAGGAGUGACAACAGUAGUGAUGAAGAAUUGGGAUCCAUUGGUGUUGGGACCAGCAUUAGCCAUGGACAACAAACCGGGCUUGUUAUGCUUCAAAGUAAAGUUCUCAUCAGGGAACUUCUCACCAUAGAUGGACUUACCACCGGUACCGUUGCCGCGAGUGAAGUCACCACCUUGGAGCAUGAAUUGAGGGAUAACACGGUGGAAAGUGGAUCCAGCGUAGCCAAAACCCUUUUCGCCAGUACAGAGAGCACGGAAGUUGGCAGCGGUUUUAGGGACAACAUCGUCAAAUAACUUGAAGACAACACGUCCCAAGGGUUGGCCGUUGGCAAUAAUGUCAAAGAAAACGUUAGACAUCUUAAUUUUCAGUAUAUGGUUAAAGGCAAGUCAACUUAGUACUGAAAUUUAUAGGUAACACCAAUAUCGUAACUAGCAAAAAU